CCGCCGGGCGGCGUACCGUCGACCGUAAAUUCCGAGAUUCCGAAUUGCCGACGAAAUUUUGGAUCCCGUUGACUGCCGAUUCUCUUUUUAUCAUUCUGUGAUAAACGUAGCCCCGGGAUAUGAACAUCCCCUCGAGUCUCGCCUUGAACAGCCGAUUCGCUAGCUGAUCAUCGUACGACGAGAUCGUCGCCGCGAGCUUUUCCGCCGUAGCUGCCGAGUCCACCAUAAUUGCUCACGAGUCGAAAAUCUAGAAAGUUUUGACGGCGACCGCUCCGAGGACGUGAUAAGAGACGGGCGCUAUUUUGACUUGACGCUUUCGCUCGUCGAGGCUGAACUGUAUUUCCUGAAGGAAUUUCCCUCGAAGAGAAGCUCGAGCGUGCAAAAACAACCGAGAAGCCCUCAGAAUGUCGGUGGGAGGCAAGCGAGAGGAGUUCCGCAGGUACCUAGAGAAGUGUGGCGUGAUGGACGCCCUCACGAGGAUCCUCGUAUCACUGUACGAGGAAACCGAGAAGCCAGCUGACGCCUUGGAUUACAUACGCAAGAACCUUGGAAGCAUCAUCGAAGAUGAUCCAUCAGAGGUCGACAAUCUGAAGAAGGAGCUAGAGGAGUCCAAAGCCAAGAUCGUCGAACUGAAGUCGAAGCUGCUCAAGUACGAGCCAGAGGAGGUGAAGGUGGACUAACCACCGAGAUGAUGGACGACGUGCAUUCAUUCGACCAGAGUUCAUACUAGUCCCGCUUGGACACUGGCUCUCACCGGGCCAGCCUGACCACAUGUGCCUUAUUACUAUAAUAAAUGACACUCUAAGAAAGCUAGGAUGUAAGACAAAUUACCAAAACUAUCGUGCAAACAUUCCAUUGCGUGUAUACAUUCUCGUUUCAUUUCCCUCGUACUUCAUUUCUUCUUAAUUGUUUAAGCGGACGAAAGUCUAGUUCCUAAGUUCCACUCGCGUAAGUAAGUUUCUUUCCUAAGGACAAAUUUCAUCAUGUAAUAAUAAAGCGAACGCCCUCCCCGUACUUAUAUUAACGCGUACAUGUGUAGUCUGCGUACACAGCUUGUACAAAAUUGAUCUCAGAGUUCGAAUAAAUAAUAUGUCUUUCACGUUUA